AUGCCCAUGAUAGACGAAUACCAUUCCCAUAGCCCUUUGCAGCUCGGACAGCGGAUUCAGGCUCACCACCCAAUUUCCGGCGGCACGCACCUUCCUGAUAUCACUUGCGUAACACCUGUCUUCGACCAUGCGGGCGAGACUGUCAUAUUCUACACAGCUUCGAUAGGUCAUCAUCAAGAAAUUGGUGGAAUACUCCCAGGCUCAAUGCCAGCUGGUAGCGUUGAGCUACACGAAGAAGGCGCUACGAUAGUCUCAGAGUAUCUUGUUCGCGAUGGAGUCUUCGACGAAGAGCUGGUUACAAGAGUGCUACUCCAUGAUCCAGCACAGUAUGCAGGAUGCUCAGGAACACGUAAGCUAGCCGAUAAUAUCAACAACCUCAAAGCACAGGUAUCAGCCAACGCCAAAGGUGCCGCACUGGUAGCCGAUCUCAUCGCUGAAAGAGGUCUCGCCAUUGUACACCUCAACAUGCAUGCCAUCACCUCGAACGCCGAGUCGUGUGUGCGGGAAUUCAUGAAGCGCACUUAUCAUGAAACUGGCGGUAAGAUCCUCACCGCACUCGACUACAUGGAUGACGGCACCCCCAUAAAACUCGCGAUAACCAUCGACCCAGAUGACGGGUCUGCCCACUUCGACUUCACUGGAACAGGCGAAGAAGGCUACCACAGUUUCAACGCUCCACAAGCAAUUGCCAGAUCUGCAACACUCUACGUGCUCCGUUGCCUCAUAAACCAAGACAUUCCGCUGAACGAAGGCUGCCUCCGCCCUCUCACAUUCACAAUUCCAAAAGGAAGUAUCCUCACCCCCUCACCAUAUGCCGCAGUAUGCGCUGGAAAUCCUAUUACAUCCCAACGCGUAACAGACGUCGUGAACCGCGCCUUCGAAGCAUGUGCCGCAAGCCAAGGUGACUGCAACGUCUUCUCCUUUGGCAUAAACGGUGACAAUGACGACACUGGCAACCUCAUUCCAGACUCCGGUUUCGGCUUCGGAGAAACGAUAUGCGGAGGUAGUGGCGCGGGACCUGGCUGGCACGGAACUUCCGGAGUACAUAUCCAUAUGACGAACACCCGUAUCACGGACCCAGAACUACUGGAGAAGAGGUAUCCUGUGCUUCUUCGCGAGUUUAGUAUACGGGAUGGAUCAGGUGGCAAAGGGCGUUGGAGUGGUGGGAAUGGUAUCCGGAGGGUGUACGAGUUUUACCGCGAUAUGAAUGCAAGUAUCGUCAGUGAAAGGCGGGUUACUAGACCUUAUGGUAUGUUGGGUGGGGAAGACGGAAGUAGUGGAGUGAACUACGUCGUCAAGAAAGUCGGUGGGAGGUGGUGUAGGUUGGGUGGACGUAAGGACUUUGCUGUACAGAAGGGCGAUUGCUUUGUGAUCGACACACCUGGUGGAGGGGGAUGGGGAACAAAGGAUGAAACGAAGACAGAUACAGAUGAACUAGAAAGCGCGAAAAGGUCGGCGGUAGAGCGGAGGUUUGUCAGUCAGUUCCGGUUGGCGCAGGAAGCCAGCAACUAG